AUGGCGCUGAGCGGGGUGCGGGUGCUGGAGCUCGCCGGGCUGGCGCCCGCGCCUCUCUGCGGGAUGAUUCUCGCCGACUUCGGGGCGCAGGUGGUGCGAGUCGAUCGCCCGUCCCGCUCCGCCGCGGCCUCUGCGCACGGAGAUGUACAGGCCCGCGGCAAGCGCUCCUUGGCGCUCGACCUGAAGCGGCCGCAGGGCGCCGCGGUGCUGAGGCGGCUGUGCCGCGGGGCGGACGUGCUCAUCGAGCCCUUCCGCCACGGUGUCAUGGAAAGACUUGGGCUUGGUCCAGAGGUCCUUCUGCAUGAGAAUCCCAGACUCAUCUAUGCUAGACUUACUGGGUUUGGCCAGACAGGAAAAUAUGCCAAGUCUGCGGGUCAUGACAUCAAUUACUUGGCUUUAUCAGGUGUGCUGUCAAAGCUGGGUAGAAAGAAUGAAAAUCCUUACGCACCUGUGAACCUUCUGGCUGAUUUUGCUGGUGGAGGUGUCAUGUGUGCGCUGGGCAUUGUUACAGCCCUCUUUGAACGUGCCAGAUCUGGCAGAGGGCAGGUCGUUGAUGCAAGUAUGGUAGAAGGAGUAGCAUACCUAAGUUCUUUCCUGUGGAAAUCACAAAAAGUGGGACUUUGGAACCAACCUCGAGGUGAAAACCUUCUAGAUAGUGGUGCGCCUUUCUAUGAAGUCUACAAAACCUCUGAUGGAAAAUUCAUGGCUGUUGGUGCCAUUGAGCCUAAAUUUUAUAACCAGUUAAUAAAAGGUCUUGGGCUAAAUUUGGAUGAACUCCCCGCUCAGAUGAGUUUAUUUGACUGGCCUGAAAUGAAGAAAAAAUUUGCAUCCAUAUUUGCACAGAAGACACAGGCUGAGUGGUGCAGCAUAUUUGAUAGCACUGAUGCCUGUGUGACCCCUGUUUUAUCCUUUGAUGAUGCUGCCUCACAUCAGCAUAACAAAGAAAGAAGCUCUUUUAUCAAAAAUGAUCAGGGAGAGAUAAGUCCUAGACCUGCUCCUGUUCUAUCGAGGACGCCUGCUGUUCCAUCAUGUAAAAGAGAUCCUUUUGUAGGAGAGCACACAGAAGAGAUACUUCUAGAAUAUGGGUUUACUAAACAAGAGAUUGCUAAACUUUAUUCUGAUAAAGCAAUAGAACUCAACAACCUAAAAGCUAAUUUAUAA